AUGAUAUCUUUGAUGGAGAAAUCGAACCAUGUGGAGAAUGUUCCAGAAAUAAGACGCCAGAAACCCGGGAAGAUCGAUGCGCAGCGUCUGGUGCUAUUGGAUACAACGACAGAAACUUCGUUAGACUGGCCGCGAUAUCCGUACGGACCGCAAGCGAGAACGCCAGGAUGGGUCGAGGAGUCCUUCACGGAUUUCGGCAAAGGCAUAAACUGGCGAUCGUAUGUCGUCUGUGACGUCGCCUACCGCAACGUCAACAAUUGGCUGUGGACCCCGCUCAUCGAACGAAGUAAUGCGUCGAGAAUAUACAUCGAAGUGCAAUUCUCCAUGCGGGACUGUUCUUUGUUCCCGGGCAUGGCCGUUAGUUGCAAGGAGACGUUUUCUCUCCUGUACUAUGAAGUCGAUGAGGGUCCCAAGGAGACACCCUCUUGGGAGCCCGAGAGCUACAAACUCAUCGACAGAAUCGCAGCUGAUGAAGGGAGGUUCACAUCGACUAAUCAAGUUAUAAUUAACACUGAGGUCCGCUCGAUACCUGUGACCAAGCGCGGCGUGUAUUUCGCGGUGCGAGACGAGGGCGCUUGCCUCUCACUCAUCGCGCUGAGGGUUUACUACAUAACGUGCCCUAACGUGACGAUGAAUCACGCUUUCUUCCCUGAAACUCCGACCGCCGCCGACAUCACUGCCAUUGUGGCGCGCGAAGGUCGCUGCGUCGCCAACGCCCAGAUGAUUGAGACGCCGAGACUCGUCUGCAAAGGGGACGGUGAAUGGACUCUGCCCACGGGCGGCUGCAAGUGCAGCCCCGGUUUCGAACCCGCGGGCAAGGAAUGCAGAGCGUGCCCUCGUGGAAUGUUCAAGUCGACGGUGGGAGAUGAAUCGUGUCAGCCGUGUCCACGGAACAGCGAAGCUUUAGACGACGGCUCCCCUGAAUGCCAAUGUCUGGACGGAUAUUACCGAUCUUCAAGCGACCCGAAGUCGAUGGCUUGCACUCAGCCACCCAUGGCUCCACAAAACCUUUCGUUUGCCUUCGUUGAUCAGAGCACUGUCAUUUUGGUGUGGAGACCCCCGCAAGACACCGGCGGGAGGCGGGACAUCGUCUACCGGGUCGUGUGCGAGGCCUGCGGCGCUCAAGCGACUUAUACUCCGGCGCAGAGCGGUUUCAAUGAGACGCGGGUGACUGUUUCCGGUCUCAACCCGGUGACUCGAUACCGUUUCGAAGUUUAUGCCGAAAACGGUGUAUCCAAUAUCGCCGGCGACGAACUCCACAAAGCGGAAAUUCUCAUAAAGACAGAGGCAUCUGUUCCGUCCAUAAUUUCAAAGGUCUACGCCCGACCUGUCAGGAUGAACGAGAUCGUACUCAAUUGGGAACCGCCCAAAGGAGGGCCGGGUCUCCCGGACAUAGAGCGCUACGAAGUACGCUAUUUCCCGCGGCAGUUUUCGCGUAACGAAACGGUCGUUCAAACGAACAUGACUCAGAUUGCGAUUGGCAACCUGAAGCCGCGCACCGAGUACGGUUUCCAAGUACGCGUUCGAACCCAGCGGGGCUUCAGCGACUACAGUGAGCCUUUGUACCGGGUCACGGGGCAACUGCAUCCGACCAGUGGAGGCAGUGGAGCAAUCGCGCCAUCGGCCGAAGGCAGUUCGAGCAGUCCGAGCAAUAUGACCAUCUUUUCGGGCGUAGUUGGAGCGCUUGCCAUCAUCGUUAUCGGGGUCAUUGUGUUCCUGUUGUACGUGAAAAGGAACAGCGAUGAAUGCAACAAGAAGCAGCCUAGUGAUUGCGACACCCUCGAGUACCGAAACGGGGAAGGUAAGAAAAUGGUGGAUCAUAGACCUCUGAUGAUAGCGGCCCCCAUGUUUACCACGCCAUUGUUCACCAACUGCGGUACUCUGGGCAGCCGUUUGUACAUUGAUCCGCACACGUACGAAGAUCCUCAGCAAGCCGUGAAGGAAUUCACAAGAGAAAUCGACCGGGAUGCCGUCAGCAUCGAGCGUGUCAUAGGUUCCGGAGAAUUCGCUGACGUCUGCAAAGGACUCCUGCGCACACAAACAGCCCGCGGCGAAAUCCGUCUUGUUCCUGUAGCCGUCAAAACCCUCAAACGGGACAGCUCGGACAAGGCGCGAAACGAUUUCCUCACCGAAGCAACCAUCAUGGGACAGUUCGAUCAUCCGAACGUCAUAUACUUGGAGGGCGUCGUGACCAAGAGCAUGCCGGUCAUGAUUGUUACCGAACUGAUGGAGAACGGAUCCCUGGAUCAGUUCUUGCGGGAGAACCCCGGCCAGUUCAAUAUGGUGGAGUUGGUCGCAAUGUUACACGGAAUCGCGUCGGGCAUGCAAUACCUGGCCGACAUGAGUUUCGUUCACAGAGAUCUCGCAGCUCGGAAUGUUCUGGUCAAUGCUGAGCUAGUCUGCAAAAUCGCGGAUUUCGGACUCUCGCGUGAAAUCGAGUACACGGCGUACUCCGGCAGCGAGGGUGAAUACCGCACAUCCGGCGGGAAGAUCCCCGUCCGCUGGACCGCCCCCGAAGGCAUCCAGUAUCGGAUCUUCACGACCGCGAGCGAUGUCUGGAGUUUCGGCAUCGUCUGCUGGGAAGUUCUUUCGUCAGGAGAGCGGCCGUACUUUAACUGGCUGAAUCAAGACGUUAUUCAGCGCGUAGAGGCCGGUUAUCGACUUCCACCUCCGAAAGAAUGUCCAGAAGCGUUGCACAUGCUCAUGCUUGACUGUUGGCGAUCAGACCGCUCUCUGCGUCCAACGUUCGCGAAUAUUGUUACGACUCUUGAAAGCCUUCUUAAACAGCCUGGAACCCUGCGAAGACUUGCAGUGAAUAACAAUAAGCAACGGGCUCACGGCUCGACGCUCCAGUUGGAAACUGUCGUCGUGAAAGGUCAAGCGACCCUACAUCAGAAUAAUCUCAAUCACCAACAGCAGAGCGCCAUAUACGGCUGUACUCCAAACUCUGUGACCCUCGGCGGCGCCCAUUCAACCAUGCAGUUGCAUCACAACGCGACGAACGCCCGGAGCGUAGAAGAAUGGCUAACCUGCCUAAAAAUGUCCCGCUACCUCGACCACUUCUUGCGUGGAGGGUUCAAUUCAAUGGAUGCUGUGUCCCGCAUGCGGCAGUCCGAUCUCAUUCGGAUUGGAGUCGCACUGGUGGGUCACCAGAAGAAGAUUCUGGACAACAUUAAACUGCUCAAUGACGCCAACCAGCUGAGGCUGUCAGCGGCGCACAGCACGGGCGAUGUGCUUCAAAGGGGGAUGCCCUCCUCGAAAGGGGGCCAGGACGGGUUCCUAGUGUAG